UAUCAAACAAAGCUUAUCUUAACAUAAUGUAACGAGCGGUAACGAAUGAUGCGUUAUUUUGACAACGGUUUGUUAUUUAUGGUUUUUAUUGUGUGUAUGUUACGUGUCUAGAUGACAAUAUUUCGAUUAAUGAUGUCCGAUAUGAAAAAUAAUCACUUCUGAACUUUUUUAUAUAUCAUUGUUUUUUAUUAUAAAAGCUGCAUUUUUAUCGUGCUUUAAUAAGUGUUCAUCGUGUGUGUUUUUGAUUCUAUUUAGUCCUGCAUACGCAUCCAUGGUAAUAUUUUCCAGUAUUAAUCAAUAUCAGUUUGUGUGAAUAUUUGGAUAUUUUAUAAAUAAGAUCUAACAUAAAAUGAAAGAAGACAAAAACUACAAAUUGUCAUUGUCAUAUUAUCUUGAUUUAUUGUCGGUAUAAAGGCAUAUUGUUGAUUCACAUUACAUGCUUGAAAAAAAGUUAGUAUGGAUUUAUAGGUCAAUACAUAUAAAUUAUUCUGUUUACCUUCAUAAACUUUAUAUUGCAGAUAGUCUAUAACUUUAUCUAUCUAUACCUAUAGUAACUAAUUCGUACAAGAACCAAAAAUUAUCUUUAUAGUGUGUUUAUAUUACUGCUAAAAAAAUGAAAGAAUGGUGCAGAGUAUUUGGUUUAUUAUUACGUAAAAAUUUCUUAGUACGAAUAAGGCAUUGGAAAUUAACCUUAUUCCUUCAAAUUCUGUUACCUGUAUUACUUUUUGCGUUAACUCAAGCUGUAAGAGAUUUUAAUUCAACACCACCAAAAGUUGUUACAACAGAUACUUAUUAUCCCUUACAAAAUAAAAGUAACUUAUUAAAUUUGAUUAGGAGAAGUUUAACUACAAUAUAUUUUGUGCCAAAUGAUAAAUCUACAUUAGAACUUAUGGAUUCAACAGAAAACUGUUUACAUUUUAGAGAGUUUAUUGGAUUUGCAACCGAAGAAGAAAUGCUUGAAACUUAUAUGAUUAAACGAAUUCAAGAUCCAUUACAAGAAUUUCUAGCAAUUGUUAUUGAACAAAAAGGAGAACAUUUUAAGUAUAAAAUAAGACAUUCUACUGAAAUCUCUUCUGAAUUAUAUACAGACAUGACUUAUUUUAUAUCAGAGCACAAAUACCUUGAAUCCGUUCCAUUUGUGCAGCUACAAAUGUGUCUUGAUGAUUCUUUUAUAAAACAUGUUAUAAAUGAUACGAUUAGGCCAGAGAUUUCCAUACAAAGAAUGCCAUAUCCACCAUAUAUUAAAACAAAUUUGGCAGAUACAUCGUUGCGAGAAUUAAUUUCUGUAUUUGCUGUAGCAAUAUUUCUGAUACCACUGUGCAUAGAAACUAAUUAUGCAGCCAAAGAAAAGUUUAUUGGCGUUAAUACUUUAAUGACAAUGAAUGGAGUGAAAUUAUAUCAAAAUUUAUUAAGCUGGCUUACCACUGGCUGUAUAUUCAGUAUUUUGUAUGUGAUACCAUUAAUAAUAUUAUUUAAAAACACAUUCUCUACCCGUGUAGAUCCAUAUCUGUAUUAUAGUAAUGCAUUCUUAUUUUGGAUAUUAAUGACUGUACAUAUUGUUCAUCUUAUAUCAUUUGGUAUGCAUAUUGCUGCGUACUUUUCGAAAUCUGUCUUUGUGAUUAUUUUUUUGUCAAUUAUAUAUACUGCUUCAUCUUCUCUUUACGGAAAUUUGACGCGAGAAAAUUUGUUCUGCAUUAUACCAUAUGUUGGUAUAAUUUUACCAAACCUGUUGUUAUCCAGACUAUUCGAGGAAGUAAAUACAUAUGAAACACAAUUAAUUGGAAUUCGAUGGAGUAACAUCUUUAUACCAAGCGAAUCUUCUCGAUACAAUAUUGUAGGAAGUACAGGAUUUAUAUUUAUAUUUUCAAUUUUGGGAAUUAUAAUUCACUUUAUUAUGGCAAUUUAUAUUAAUAACGUACGACCAGGGAAAUAUGGCAUAAAGAAACAUCCGUUAUAUUUUCUACAGUGUAUGAGAAAAAACAAAGUGUCUUUAGACGAAGAACCAGAAGAUUAUGAGUAUAAUCAAUUAGCAAGUGAAGAUUUUGAAGCAGUUUCUAAAGGUGCAUUUAUCCCUGGUAUUCAAAUUCGAGGUCUCAAAAAAAGUUAUAGAACCGGUUUAUUACAAAAAUCUAUGGUACAUGCAUUGAAAGGAAUAUCUUUGGAUUUUUACAAAGGACAAAUAACUGCAUUAUUAGGACACAAUGGUGCUGGAAAAACUACUCUUAUGUCUAUAAUAACAGGUAUGAUAAGCGAGACAGAAGGAAAAGUUUUUAUAAAUGGGCAAAAUUUGAAAAAUAAUUUAGAUGAGAUUAGAUACGAUUUAGGUCUCUGUCCACAAGAAAAUAUGGUUUUUCCAGAUUUAAAUGUAUAUGAGCAGAUUGAGUUCUUUGGUUUGUUAAAAAAUAAAGCCAAAACACGACAACAAACCAAACGUGACGUUGAGAAUUUGCUUGUAAAAUUACAAAUAACAGAGAAACGAAAUUAUCUUCCCAGCAAAUUAUCUGGUGGUCAGAAAAGACGCGUUUGUCUUGGAAUGGCUCUCAUUAGUGAUUCCAGUAUUUUAAUUUUGGAUGAACCAACAUCAGGUAUGGAUCCUGAGACCAGAAGAGAUACAUGGGAUAUAAUAUUAAAAAUGAGAGGUCAAAAGACAAUAAUAAUUAGUACGCAUAACAUGGAAGAAGCAGAUAUACUUGGUGAUAGAAUUGCGAUAAUACAUGGUGGUCUUUUAAGGAGUUAUGGCACAGCAAUGUUUUUGAAAAAACAAUAUGGCCAUGGACAUAUAGAAGUUGUGUUAUCCACUAAACCAUGGUGUGAUCCAGAGAAAGUAGUAGACAAAUUUGAUACAAGGUCACAAGUUACCCUAGAAAAGGAAAAAAUAGUUCUAAGUGUACCAUAUACAGAGAAUUUACCACAUUCGUUAGAUGAAAUUGAAAAUCAGAAAAGAAGAUUAGGCGUAACUGGAAUUAAUGUAUCUUUGAUUACAUUAGAACAAGUAUUUUUAAAGAUUAUGAAAGGAGAGGAUAACGGUAUACAUUCCACAGAUCUUUGUACAGCUACACAGAAACUGCAAGGAUGGCAACUAACUAUACAUGCAAUGUUGGGAUUGUUUAAUAAAAAAGUAACAUAUACUAAAAAAAAUGCACGCAUCUUAUUAAUGAUCCUAUUUCUACCUUUGAUUUCAAUUUUAUUUAUGGCUCUAAGCUACAAAACCCCUGCUGAAUCAUUAGACAUAAUACCUCUAACGCUUAACAUGUACAGAAAUCCCAAGGUAUUUUAUUCUUCUGAUAUUCCCAAAUAUGGUAAAAUAUAUAAUGAAGAAAUAGAGAGCUUCAAUGGGAUUGCAACUAAUGUUGCAGGCAGAAGUGUUACAGAAGAGUUAUUAGCAUUUGGUAAAAAGAAUUUAGCAGAAUAUCAUAAUUAUGUGAUUGUUUCUGCUGAAUUUAAUAACACGCAAGGAAUUUUUGCAAAUGGUUUUUAUUCUGGGACAAUGAUGCACAGUUUACCUCUAACUAUGAAUAUUUUGUCAAAUACCAUUAUUCGAAGUCUAACUGACAAAAAAUAUUCCAUUGAAGUAUCCAGGCAACAAUUACCUAAUAUAUUUUCUUAUUCUGACCAAGUGGUUCCUGAAAUGGAAGCACUUUCACGAGUGUUAAUAUUUUGCUCCUUCUUCUUUCCUACUCUUGCACUUUUUGUUAUUCAUCCAUUACAAGAAACUUCUACUAAAGUUAAACAGUUACAACGAAUGACUGGAAUUUCAUCUGUAUCAUAUUGGCUCACUAUAUUUUCUAUUGAUUUUCUAAUUUGCGUACUGUCUACAUGUAUCAUUACAUUGGGCUUUUAUGUAAUGGAUAUUAUAUUAGACAUACGCUUAUAUCAUGUAACAGAAAUACUAAUAACGAUGUUAAUAUUAUUACUCUUUGGUAUAAACUGUCUAUUGAUAACAUAUAUAUUUAGUUUUAUAAACAAAUCGAGAAGUACUGUAAUAACAAUUUUAAGUAUUACACCCAUUGGAAUUGUUUUCAUACAGUAUUUAUUACAUGUAGUAAUACAAAGUUUCCAAAAUUUAAAAGUAUUGCAUUCGUUUCAAAAACAAUUAUUCCGUUUUAUUCCUUAUGUAAGUUUCUUCCACGGACAAUUAUCCUUCUUUACUGUGGCUGUAACGAAUGCAAAAUGCCGCCGUUUCCCAAGUAAAAUUUUAAACGCUUUAUGUGAUAUGGGAUAUAUGGAUCCGUGUUGCUCAAUGGAUUGUGUAAAUGGAGUUUGUAGUAAGCCUAUGUCAUAUUUUGAGAAUUUUAAAAAGGACAUUAAUUUAGAGGAAAAUAUUCUAUAUUUAUCUUUAACACCUGUGAUAUAUUUUGCUAUUCUUAUUAUGCUGGAGGAGAAGAUUUUUACAAGAUUGUUUACCAAAAUACGUAGCUCCUCAUUACAACCAAGUGAUAAGAUGGACGAAGAAGUGAAGAAGGAAAAACAUGCUGUAGCAUUAGAGAUUAGCAAAAUUACUAGUCAGAAUAAAAGGAAUAGCAUAGAUCAUAAUAAUAUUAAUGGAAAUUCAACUAAUGAUACGCAAACUUCUAAAGUAGAAAACAGUUUAUUCUUAGUUUAUGAAUUAAGUAAGUAUUAUGGAAAACUAAUGGCCGUAAAGGAAGUCAAUUUUCGAGUGAAGGAACGCGAAUGUUUUGGAUUGCUUGGAGUAAAUGGAGCUGGAAAGAGUACUACGUUUAGAAUGUUGACUGGAGAAGAAACACCUAAUAGUGGCACCAUGUACUUAAAAUCGGCGGAAAUCUAUUCCAAUCGCAGAGCUUACUUAGCAGAAAUGGGAUAUUGUCCACAAACGGAUGCAUUGAUCAAUUCCCUAAAUGCGUUUGAUCAUUUAAGAUUAUUCGCAAAACUUCGAGGUAUACCACCAGAAAAAGUAGAUUUGGAAGUUAAUAAAUGGAUAAAUAGAUUGAAUUUAAAAGCAUGUAUGUCGCAGCCAAGUGAAACAUAUAGUGGUGGUAAUAAAAGACGUUUGAACAUAGCGAUAGCUUUAAUUGGCAAUCCUGCACUUGUUUUGUUAGACGAACCAACAACAGGAGUCGAUCCAGCAGCUAGAAGAUCAUUGUGGUCUGUAUUACAAUCUUGUCAAGCUGGAGGACAAGCUUUCAUACUUACUUCUCAUAGUAUGGAAGAAUGUGAAGCUUUGUGCAAUCGAUUGGUUAUAAUGGUACAAGGAAAAUUGGUUUGUAUUGGAGCAAGUCAAGAACUUAAACAAAGAUUUGGUGCUGGUUACGACAUUCAUAUUAAAUUAGAUCCAAGCCGAUCAGAGGAAGAUGUUGCGAUUAUAAAGAAUACUAUUGAAUCUUCUCUAACUUGUGAAAUUAGGGACGAAAAUUUGGGACUGAUUGCCUACCAUGUGACAGAUCCUAGAACGACUUGGACAAAAAUGUAUAGUACUGUAAACAAUUUAAAGAAUAGAUUCAAAUGCAUACAAGAUUAUUCUGUACUAUCGGCGACACUCGAACAAUUAUUUAUUCAAUUUGCAAGAGGCAUAAGUAUGCCUAAUUAUGAUAAUUCACCAAGACAUAGCGCUAGUCAACCAAAUAACGAAUAAUUGUGGCUUAAUUAUUAUACGUUUAUAUAGGUAUUAUAAAUAAAUUAUAUAUCAUAAAUGUUUA